GUUUCUGCUGGGGUCUGGAUUUGGAGCUCCAGGGUUGGAUCGGCCCCGUAUGACCCCAACCUAAGAACAAAAGAGACCCAAAGAGUCUACAUGUCUAAUAUUUAGACAUGUUCAGCUUUGUGGAUUCUCGGUUACUGCUGUUGAUAGCAGCGACUGUACUACUCACCCACGGGCAAGGAGAAGAAGACAUCCAAACUGGGAGCUGCGUACAGGAUGGGCUAACGUACAACGACAAGGAUGUGUGGAAACCAGAACCCUGCCAGAUCUGCGUCUGCGAUAGCGGCAACAUCCUCUGCGACGAGGUGAUCUGCGAGGACACCUCCGACUGUCCCAACGCCGAGAUCCCCUUCGGAGAAUGCUGCCCCAUCUGUCCCGACACCGACGCCUCCCCUGUCUACCCAGAAAGUGCUGGAGUAGAGGGUCCUAAAGGAGACACCGGCCCCAAAGGAGAUAGGGGACUCCCCGGCCCCCCUGGCAGAGAUGGCAUCCCUGGACAGCCUGGUCUCCCGGGACCCCCAGGCCCUCCAGGCCCCCCAGGCCUCGGCGGAGGUCCUCAAGGUUUCCAAGGUCCCCCUGGUGAACCUGGAGAGCCUGGUGCUUCUGGUCCCAUGGGUCCCCGUGGUCCCGCUGGCCCCCCUGGCAAGAACGGAGAUGAUGGUGAAGCUGGAAAGCCCGGCCGCCCCGGAGAGCGCGGUCCCCCCGGCCCCCAGGGUGCCCGUGGUCUCCCAGGCACUGCUGGCCUGCCAGGCAUGAAGGGACACAGAGGCUUCAGUGGUCUGGAUGGUGCCAAGGGUGAGCCUGGACCUGCUGGCCCCAAGGGUGAGCCCGGCAGCCCUGGAGAGAACGGUGCUCCUGGGCAGAUGGGUCCUCGUGGUCUUCCUGGCGAGAGAGGCCGUCCUGGUCCAUCCGGCCCUGCUGGUGCUCGUGGCAAUGACGGUGCUCCUGGUGCUGCCGGUCCCCCCGGUCCAACUGGUCCCGCUGGUCCCCCCGGCUUCCCCGGUGCUGCUGGUGCUAAGGGUGAAACUGGUCCCCAGGGAGCUCGUGGCAGUGAAGGUCCCCAAGGUGCCCGUGGUGAGCCCGGUCCCCCCGGCCCUGCUGGCGCUGCUGGUCCUGCUGGCAAUCCUGGUGCUGAUGGUCAACCUGGUGCCAAGGGUGCAACUGGUGCUCCUGGCAUUGCUGGCGCUCCCGGCUUCCCCGGUGCCCGUGGUCCCUCCGGACCUCAGGGUCCCAGUGGUGCCCCCGGUCCCAAGGGUAACGCUGGUGAGCCCGGUGCUCCAGGCAACAAAGGUGACACUGGUGCCAAAGGCGAACCCGGUCCCGCUGGUGUCCAAGGUCCCCCUGGCCCUGCUGGUGAGGAAGGCAAGAGAGGAGCUCGUGGUGAGCCCGGCCCCGCUGGGCUUCCCGGCCCUGCUGGCGAACGUGGUGCUCCCGGCAGCCGCGGUUUCCCUGGCGCUGAUGGCAUCGCUGGUCCCAAGGGUCCCCCCGGCGAGCGCGGCUCCCCCGGCCCCGUCGGCCCCAAAGGAUCUCCUGGUGAAGCUGGACGCCCCGGGGAACCCGGCCUCCCCGGUGCCAAGGGUCUGACUGGAAGCCCCGGGAGCCCCGGUCCCGACGGCAAGACUGGCCCCCCUGGUCCCGCUGGUCAAGACGGUCGCCCUGGCCCCCCCGGCCCCCCCGGUGCCAGAGGUCAAGCCGGUGUGAUGGGAUUCCCUGGUCCCAAAGGUGCUGCGGGUGAGCCCGGCAAACCUGGUGAGAGAGGCGCUCCCGGUCCCCCCGGUGCCGUGGGUGCUGCUGGCAAAGACGGUGAAGUUGGUGCCCAAGGUCCUCCCGGCCCCACUGGUCCCGCUGGAGAAAGAGGUGAACAAGGUCCUGCUGGUGCUCCUGGUUUCCAGGGUCUGCCCGGCCCCGCUGGCCCCCCCGGAGAGGCUGGCAAGCCUGGUGAGCAGGGUGUCCCCGGAGAUGUCGGUGCCCCCGGCCCCGCCGGUGCCAGGGUCCUCGUGGUGCUAACGGUGCUCCCGGUAAUGAUGGUGCUAAGGGUGAUGCUGGUGCUCCCGGAGCCCCCGGAAGCCAAGGGCCCCCCGGUCUGCAGGGUAUGCCUGGAGAACGUGGUGCUGCCGGCCUGCCAGGUGCCAAGGGUGACAGGGGUGACCCCGGACCCAAAGGUGCUGACGGCGCUCCUGGCAAAGACGGUCUCCGAGCCCGGCAAACAAGGUCCCUCCGGUUCCCCCGGUGAGCGCGGCCCUCCCGGCCCCAUGGGCCCCCCCGGCCUGGCUGGACCCCCCGGAGAAGCUGGACGUGAGGGUGCUCCUGGUGCUGAAGGUGCCCCCGGCCGUGAUGGUGCUGCUGGUCCCAAGGGUGACCGUGGUGAGACUGGCCCUGCCGGCCCCCCUGGUGCUCCCGGUGCCCCCGGUGCCCCCGGCCCUGUCGGUCCUGCUGGCAAGAACGGAGAUCGUGGUGAGACUGGUCCCCAAGGUCCUGCUGGCCCUCCUGGUCCUGCUGGUGCUCGUGGUCCUGCUGGCCCACAAGGUCCCCGUGGUGACAAAGGUGAAGCUGGUGAACAGGGUGACAGAGGCAUGAAGGGUCACAGAGGCUUCUCCGGUCUUCAGGGCCCACCUGGUCCUCCUGGCUCUCCUGGUGAACAAGGUCCUUCUGGUGCUUCUGGUCCCGCCGGUCCACGAGGUCCUCCUGGCUCCGCUGGUGCUGCUGGCAAAGAUGGUCUCAACGGGCUGCCCGGCCCCAUCGGCCCCCCUGGCCCCCGCGGGCGCACCGGCGAUGUUGGCCCCGUCGGUCCCCCCGGCCCACCUGGUCCCCCUGGUCCUCCUGGCCCCCCCAGUGGUGGAUUCGACUUCAGCUUCCUGCCCCAGCCGCCCCAGGAGAAGGCCCACGAUGGUGGGCGCUACUACAGGGCUGACGAUGCCAACGUGAUGCGUGACCGCGACCUGGAGGUCGACACCACCCUCAAGAGCCUGAGCCAACAGAUCGAGAACAUCCGCAGCCCCGAGGGCACUCGCAAGAACCCUGCCCGGACCUGCCGCGACCUGAAGAUGUGCCAUGGCGACUGGAAGAGCGGCGAAUACUGGAUCGACCCCAACCAAGGCUGCAACCUGGACGCCAUCAAGGUCUACUGCAACAUGGAAACGGGCGAGACGUGCGUCUACCCGACCCAGGCCACCAUCGCCCAGAAGAACUGGUACCUCAGCAAGAACCCCAAGGAGAAGAAGCACGUCUGGUUCGGCGAGACGAUGAGCGACGGCUUCCAGUUUGAGUACGGCGGUGAGGGCUCCAACCCCGCCGACGUCGCCAUCCAACUGACCUUCCUGCGCCUCAUGUCCACCGAGGCCUCCCAAAACAUCACCUACCACUGCAAGAACAGCGUCGCCUACAUGGACCAGGACACCGGCAACCUGAAGAAGGCUCUUCUCCUCCAAGGCGCCAACGAGAUCGAGAUCAGGGCUGAAGGCAACAGCCGCUUCACCUACGGCGUCACUGAGGACGGCUGCACGAGUCACACCGGCGCGUGGGGCAAGACAGUCAUCGAGUACAAGACGACGAAGACGUCUCGCCUUCCCAUCAUUGAUUUGGCUCCUAUGGAUGUCGGCGCUCCAGACCAGGAAUUCGGCGUUAACAUCGGCCCAGUCUGCUUCUUGUAAACCGGACACCCUCCCCCCCGAAAGCGUGACAGGAGAGAGUAAUAAUAAUGAUAAUAAUAAUAAAAAAAAGAAAAAAAAAACAGCCAAAAAAAAAAGGAGAAAAUUUCACAUGGACUUGAAUUUGUGUCGGUUUUCUAUCCAGCGUCUCUAAAAGAAAGAAAAGAGAAAAACCUAAAAAUCCCUCCCCCCACAAAAAAAGCAUUAAACCAAA